GGAACCCGCAAAUAACACCGCUGCAGUAUUGCGGGCUUAUAAACUAUUAAGCACGUGCAAACAAGAUGGCGGCCGAGAAUGAUAGAAGUGCCGGUCGGGGUAAAAAGAGAGGAAGUGUAGAUAACAAAAAGCCCAACAAGAAGAUCAAGUCCGGUGGAAAGUUUGACUCGAAGAAAGCAAAAGGAAAGAAAGUUUUUCACAAAAAAGAUUCCAAAGAAAGAAGCAAGAGGACGCCAUUUCCUAAACAAAAGAAGUUUGGUAACAAGAGUAAUAGUAAAGAUGUAAAAUUUUCCACUCCAAAAGCCUCAAGUAACAAAGACACUAAACCAUCUGAAGGAGAUACAGAAGAUAAACAGGAUAUAUGGAAGAUGAAGAAAAAGGAGAGAAAAGAAUAUAGAAAGAAACAUGAUGAGAGUUAUGAUCUUAUCCAUUCCCUGAAGCAGCAUUAUGAGACACUAAGAAGGAAUGAUGUUGCAAAAUCACAGAAAGUCAAGCUGAUUAGUGACAUCCUCAAGCUAAUAGCUGGACACACCCAUGAGGUGAUCUUCAAACAUGAUACUGGGAGAGUUAUGCAGAGUUGCAUCAAGUUUGGAACUCCUGCACAGAAGCAAGCACUGUUUGAGCAGUUCAAAGAUGAUUUGAGUGACAUGUUGAAGUCAAAAUAUUCAAAGUUUUUUGUGAAAAAGAUGUUGAAGUAUGGGACCAAAGAGCAAAGAAAUACUAUCAUCAAAUGUUUCCAUGGCAAAGUGCGAAAGCUGAUCAGACACAAGGAAGCAUCUGAGAUCAUGGAAGCAAUUUAUACAGACUACGCUGUGGCUGCUCAGAAGGCUUCUUUGAUUCAAGAAUUUUAUGGACCAGAAUUUGCUGUCUUCAAGACAUUAGAUAACAGAAACCUUGCCAAGAUAUUGGCUGAGCAACCUGAAAAGAAAGACGAAAUCCUUAGAAACUUGAAGGAAGCUUUAGGACCUUUGACGGACAAAUCUGUGAUAACUCACAAUAUUGUGCACAGAGUUUUGUCUGAGUAUAUGACAUUCGCUGAUGAUAAUGCCAAAAGUGAGAUGAUUGAAGCCAUAAAGGAAUGUGUUGUACUCAUACUACACACUCACGAUGGAUCCAGAGUGGCUAUGCAUUGCCUUUGGAAUGGAAGCACCAAGGAUCGUAAAACUAUACUGAAGACAUUCAAGACUUAUAUUCCAAAGAUAUGUAAGGAAGAGUAUGGCCAUCUCGUAAUGCUUUCCCUUUUUGAUGUGGUAGAUGACACAGUACUUGUCAAGAAGAUCAUUUUUCCUGAAAUAAUAGCCAACCUAAAAGACAUAGCACAAGACACAUAUGGACGUAAAGUGCUGUUGUACCUACUCAUGCCGCGGGCAUCCACCCACUUCCACCCUGAUAUUGUAGAGCUACUGAAGAAAGGAGACAAUAACCAAUACAGUAAGAAAGACCCAGAGUUGAGAAGAAAGGAGUUGCUGGAUGCCAUAUCUCCGAGUCUUGUGCAGCUUGUAUGUGAUCAUGGCGAGGAGCUGAUGAUGGACAAGGGAACAUGCCAACUGGUCAUGGCCGCUCUUAGUAAUUGUACUGGAGAUGUUGUUUCUGCUAUGAAGGCAAUUGCUAAAGCAGCCAACAAAGCUUUGGAUGCAUCAUCAGUAGAUGAAGAGGACCAUCUAGUUAAGAGUGCCAGUGGACAUUUUGCCCUGAAGAGGCUCAUUCUACAGGAUAAGGAUAAACUGGAGGCUGGCAAAGAUGUGUUUUUCUCACGUACACUUCUUGACGUCCUUGACUCUGGAACACUGCUAGAGUGGUGCAAAGUGAACAGAGGAGCCUUUGUCGUUGCCAGCUUAUUAGAGAGUACUGUGCCAGGCGUAGCUGAUCAGGCCAAGAAACAGCUCAAGCCCCACGUCAACAAGAUUAAGGAACACACCAGCAAAGGGGCAGAAAUCGUGCUGAAGUUGUUGUCAAGGUGACGCAUCACUAAGUGCCUGGCAUUACCUCAGUAGGUAUCAGCUGCUUCAAGUUCCACUCGGUCGCUAGCUAAAGAGCCUUAAAUGCAAAUAGAGGAUAUUACAUGGUCGCACGGAGAUACGAAUUUUAUCAAUACUUGAAAUUAUAUCCGCAAUGUCAUGUAGUGACGAUAUUAGUGUAAUUUAUCAUUUUUAUAUACCCUUGUAUAAAUAAUGGUUUUCAAAAUCCCGUGCAACAAAAUGUCAUUGUUAAAGUGUACAAAGGUUUUCAUUAUCCCGUGAAACAAAGUGUGAUAGUCAACGGGUAAUGGUCAGUAAAACACAAAAGAGAACAAUAGAAUCAGAUCACGAUAAAGUGUAACACGCUAAAGUGUAUGUAGUUCACGGGUUAAUGAAAAUCACUUUAAUAGUCAAGCCGGGACAAAAGAACAAAGACAUCAGUGUGUUAGUGCUAAAUAAACUAAAUAGUAUUUCACGGGUUUUUGACAACCACUCUCCUCAAGCUAUGAGACUGUUUGGGGGCGAGUGAAGCUUGGGUCCCCUGUUGUCUAGUAGGAUGCUAUGAGGCUGUUUUGGGGCGAGUGAAGCUUGGGUCCCCUGUUGUCUAGUAGGAUGUUAUGAGACUGUUUGGGGGCGAGUGAAGCUUGGGUCCCCUGUUGUCUAGUAGGAUGCUAUGAGGCUGUUUUGGGGCGAGUGAAGCUUGGGUCCCCUGUUGUCUAGUAGGAUGUUAUGAGACUGUUUGGGGGCGAGUGAAGCUUGGGUCCCCUGUUGUCUAGUAGGAUGCUAUGAGCGAAACCUUAGUACUUAUCAAUGACGUGUUGAAUAGUCGAGUCGCAGCUCAUCUAGACUCUGGUAAAUGCGAAUGUAGUCCAAUGCCUGAGAAAUCACUGGAGCCAAUUGUUUGAUAAUGGUCUAAAGUGGCCUAAAAUAUCUGAAAUAUAGGCUCGUCAUGUCUCGGAUAAAUACUUGAAGACGAGAGAGCGAUAAUGUGUCUUUAAGACCAUUACAGUGAGGACACCGAAAGCGGGCCAUGCUGAACAACUUUGACCAAUCAGAAUCGGCUUGAGAACCGUAGACAUUUUGAAAAAAAAAAAGUUCAGCCAAUGAGAAACGCCGGACGUUGUUUAUUUGACCUCGUACUCGUAGUCGACCAUUUUUGUCUGUCGAUUGAGCGUGGGAACACCCUAACCUGAUUGGCUGGAACUUAUUUUUAAAAUGAUUACGGUGUUCAAGCCAAAUCUGAUUGGUCAAAGUAAUUGGUCAAUGGUAAAAAUGUAAAAGCAUAGCAUUACUAAUCUUGGUGGGAGUGAAGUGUGUCAUGUGCAAUCUGCGCCAGCACCGGCCAGCAGUGCUGGCGAAUUCUUGCUUGACUGACCACUGGACAAAGAAAAUGUCAGAAAGUCCAUUUCCCAUUUGACAAAAAAAGAUAUCCCCCUCUUCUAUGGCGAACAGCUUACUCCAUCGACACAAAAAAGUCAUCAGCGAAAACAUACUUGGAAUGGUUAGAACUGUAUACAUGGAAUGCUAGAACUUCAAAUCAAGAUAAAGAGGAUAAAUUCUCUCUCGCGACUCGUCAAUAACAAUCCAAAUCUAUUUUUGAUGUUCAUGGUUGUGCUUGUCGUGUUAUAAUUGUAGAAACAUACCUGGCCAUUGUCAUCUCGCUUUUCCUAAUGUUUGCACUGGACGUGGGAGUCUCAACGCGCUCGGGCAGUAGAAGGUUCAUUCAUGAUUUACUUUUUAAUGUAAAUAAUCUCUGUACCAAUUUGUCGAUUUUAACAAAGCGUGUAACAGCAAAUGGUAACCUAAAAUGGCAAACGCUGUCUCGUAUAUCACAAAUACUGGUGUAAUUAAAUCAUAGUUAUACCUACUCUGUGAAAAAUGUUAAUAGAAAAAUAAAGAUUUAUGAGAAGCAA